AUGACAUCCUUCAUCGCUAAACAGAUCGGAAAGAGGCUCUUUGGGGAGACCUUGGAGAACAAGUUUGGUGCCAAGGACCCAGUCUUUGAACAGGUUCCCGCUACGAGACUCGACGGCACGCCCAAUGGCAAGUUCAAGAAGGUGCGACGGGCCUUGCCGCCUGGCAUCUCCGAGAACGAUGCCCAGGUCCUCACCAAGGUCAAGAAGAGGGCGUACAGACUGGACAUGAGUCUGUUCAGCUUGUUUGGUGUGCGUUUCGGCUGGGGUAGCGUCAUUGGAAUCGUGCCCAUCGCCGGCGACAUUAUGGAUGCGCUCUUGGCCAUGAUGGUCGUUAACACCGCGAAAAAGAUCGACGGCGGUCUACCGGCCGGCCUCCUGAUGCAGAUGUACUUCUGGGUUCUGAUAGACCUGAUCGUUGGGUUUGUUCCGUUCCUAGGCGAUGUCGGCGACGCUAUUCUGAAGGCCAACUCCCGAAACUCGGUCCUCCUGGAGGAACACCUCCGACAGAAGGGCAAGAAAAACCUGCGCAAGAGCGGGCAACCGAUCCCAGCCGUCGACCCCAGCGACCCAGACGAGUUCGACCGCUUCCAAUCCAGCGCCCAGCCUGAGCACGUCUCAAGCCAGCCAGGUCGGCAAGGCAAUACGACUGCCAGCCCCGGCAGCAACGGCCAUGGUCCGCAGUCAUCUGGUGUCACCGGCGCUGCUUCCACUCCGGUGCGCCCCACCGAGGCCAGAGUCCGAGACGAUCGUCGGUCCGGAGGCGGAUUCUUCAGCUUUGGCGGCAGCAAGAAGAACCGCCCAGUGGACGAGGAGAUGGGUGCCGCGAGUCAACCUCCUGCUCGGAAGCCAUCACGUCGAGGCUAG